CGUGAAGAUGCGUAUAAGCAUUUCAGAUUUACUCCACGGACAACGUGGGUUACGAUGUGCGGGUUCGUGCUUGUGCCCGGAGCGAUCUAUUACCUGGCAAGCAAAACACACUUGAAAUGGAACUGGGCAGGCAAGCGAAAAGGAGAAGCAUUGGCACAGGCGUGA